AAAAAAUUAGCUGGGUGUGGUAGCAUGUGCAGUGAACCACAAUCAUGCCACUGCACUUUAGCCUAGGUGACAGAGUGAGGCACUGUCACACACAAAAAAAAUAAAAUGACAGAUACAUUUGUAUCAAUUAUUUUAUGCUUUAUGGACUCAUUAAAUCUUCAGUGUUCCUUGACUUGUCAAUGUCUACCUAUGUUUAUUAGUACCUAUCACUUCUUAAUCUCAAAGGACUUUGAUUGGCCUGUUUAUGUCUUGUGCUUAGUAAUGUCCAACAUGAUGCAGAAUUUGUACUGUGGUAUGCUAAGCUAGAGACUUAUUAUCACUGUACAAUAAUCUGUAGAAAACUAUACCUUACAAACUUGAGGUGACACUUUUAAUGUUGUAUAAAUGCAUGCAGAAAUAAAACCAUAUUCAGAAUUCUUUUAGAAUUAGAGUAAUCAUGCUUUAGAAAAUACUGCAUUUUACUGUGUAAAAUAAACUUGGAAUGUCACUUUGGGUUACCAUAACUUUGUAUCUAAAGAUUGUUUUUUAUUUGACAUUUGAACAAUUUGCUUAAAGUUUAAAUUUUUAUUUAAGAAUGUUUUAGUAAUAAAGGGAUCAAAAUAGUUAAUCUGGAAGAGAAGUUGACAAAUUAUAAAACAGAAAACUAUAUUUGAUUGUGCUUAUCCAAAAAGCCAGAGCUCUCACUUCAGCAUUUAAUGUAUCUAAUGCCUGUGAUUUGCUUGAAGUCAGUAGAGGCUUAUACAGUCACUCUCAGAGCACUCCCCUGAGAAAAUGUCAAACUUGAAUUUGCUUCUCUAAUGCAGAGCUUCUCAAGUAGUUUGUCUCAAGCUAUUGAUUGAAGCCUUCUGGGUGGCUAGCUGGGCAGGACUUAAGGUGGCUGGAGCUCCCAGGCUGGUCGCCUCCAGAAUUACAAAGAAUUUUCUCUGUCAUCUUCCAUAAUGUAAAAAAGGUUGGGAAACACCACAGUGGGACAGGCAUGGGCAGACAUGCAGGCAGUGGGGUGCAUGUAUAUGGUUUAAUACUGCAAAUAAAGAUACAGCAAUCUUGCCGAGUGAUGACGCUCUUUAAUUCUCAAGGAGCAGCAAUGAUUUGUUAUUUCACAUUUUUCCUCACUCUACCCUUCCCUUCUGACACACACACACACGGCAGGUCACUGAUUGGAGCAGGCCAGUUCCCUCAGGUGAAGGGGCCUAGAGAAAUGUGAAUACUGUGCUGUGAAGCUCUGCCUCUGAGGUGCGCAGUGGGGCCUUGGGUCUCUCUGCUCUCACCAGGGGUUUGACCUUUCACCCACCUCAGGAAGAAGGAAAGGUGAAAGCAGGAAGGGGGACCAGCAGCUCCGGGCAAGCAACGCUAAUUAGCUCCUGUGUAAUGAUCCAACGUUAGUUCUUAGCUGAAUUUUAACAUAGUCCAUUUGAAAACAUUUCUAGAUAAAUGGAAAGAAUUCUAGAAAAUUUUAAGUGUUAUAUAUUUAAAAUAGUAUAUUUACUUAUUGAAGUUAAAUGCCAAGAUGUAGAACUAAUGUGUUAUUUCCUUGGUACAGAUUAUAAUGCUUUAACUCUUUUCAGUGAAGGAGUUAAUCAAAAUGAAAUGAUUAGUAUAUAGAUGUAAUCAGAAAAAUAUUAAAUGAAGGAUAGUCAUUUCUAAAGCAGGAAAUAAAGACAAUUCAAGUUUGUUAUUUUUCCAAUCUGUUAUAUACCUCCUCCCACCCAUUAACAUUAACUAAAUGUAUGAUUCAUUUGUUAAACAAAUACUGAGUUCCAGCUAUGUGUAAUGCAUUGUACAGGCAGAAGAUACAGCAGUGAACAUAGAGGUAAAAACCCUCCCACUCUGCCAAGGGGUGGGACAGGGAGGAAGGGGAAGACAGAGACACUUGGAAUAUGGAGUGUUCAGUGUUGGUAAGUGCUAAGGAGAAAAAAUGAAACAGGAGGUAAGAUGCAAAGGGCGGUGGUGAAGGCAAUGGGAGGUUGCCUUGAAAGCGGAGCUCAGCGUAGUCUCCAUUUGAGUUAAAGACUGGAAAUGAGCAAUGAACAAGGAAUUGCAGUAAGAAGGCCAGUGUGGUUAGAGUGAUGUCAGUUGGGGAGAGUAGUACAAGACAGCAUCAUAAAGCUCACAGGGGUUAGAUACACAGCCUUGUAGGCCAUUGUGAGGACUUUGGGUUUCACUCUAGGUGAGACGAGAACCCACUGGCGAGUUUUAAGCAGAGAAAUGGCAUGAUCUGACUUAGGAUUUAACAAUUCUGGCUUCUUUGUGAGUGUAGACUGGAAGAGGCCAAUUAGGAGGCUGCUGCGAUAAUCUAGGUGAGAGACGAUGGCAACGGUGAGAGAUGAUAGACCAGGGUGGUGGCAGUGGAGUAAUGAAAGUAUGAUUCCAGAAAUAUCCAAGAGAAUUUCCUGGCAGAUUUAAUGUGAGGAGUGAUUAAAGAAGAACCAAGAAUGACUUUAAUGUUGUUGGCCUGAGCAACUGGAAGAAUAGAGUUGCCGUUUAUUGAGAUGAGAAGGUGUGUGAGUUGCACUGAAAGCAUGAGCAAAGAUAUAGACAAAUUACGAUUGAGAUGUCUAUUAGACAACUAAGAAGAGAUGUCAAGCAGGUAGUUGAUCUGUGAGAUUCAGGGAAAAAGUCUGACCUGGAGAAUAUAAAUGUUGCAAUCACCUGUGAGUGCAUAGUAUUUAAAGCCAUAGGGCCAAAGGAGAUCAUCAAGAAAGCAGAUAGAAAAGAGAAGCGGUCCAAUCACUGAGCCCUGGGCUAAUACAGUAUUCAAAAGGUCAGAGAGAUUAUAUGUUCUGUUAAUCACAUUAUAUACUUGGGUACUAUCCUUUAUAUUUGGGGUUAAGAAACUGAGCCCGGCCUGGUGGCUCAUGCCUGUAAUCCCAGCACUUUGGGAGGCUGAGGCAGGAGGAUUGCUUGACCCCAGAAGUUCAAGAACAGCCUGGACAAAAAUAGGGAGACCCUACCUCUACAAAAACUGCAAAAAAAAAAAAAAAUGCUGGGUGUAGUGGCAUACGCCUAUGGGAGGUCGAGGUUGAAAUGAACACAGAUCACACCACUGCACCCCAUCCUGGGCAAAAGCAAGAUCGUGUCUAAAAAAAAAAAAAAAGAAAAGAAACUGAAGCUAAAAUAUCACUUACAAAAUAUCCACAUCUAAAUGUGAAGCUGGCAGUGCUCCCAAGGUUUUUAUAAAUAAGUUGAUUCCAACCUGUUCACUAUUGAGACCCCUCUGUGAGACAUGCACUGAUUAUAAACAUGAAGUUUGCAUUGCAUAUUCUAAAAUGCCCAUUAGGUGGCAGAAAAACAUUCAGUAAACCAACUGUGAGCUAGCUAGUGCUCGCUCUUGUGCUGGUUCACGCUUUCUCCACUCCCCUCCAGCCUCUCAGAGAGCCCUCUGAACUUAAAGAUGUGUAUGUCUGUUAAUGUACAACACCAUAAUCAAGAAGAACAGAGACUGGUAUUUUCUUCAGAGAGCCAACAGAUACCAUCAGUCUGUAAGAUAACACAGGAGGUGAGCCAGGUGUGCAGGGGUUGAGGGUGUGCUUAUGUUUCAUUAGGUUUGGAAAUGUAUGAAUUUGGACAGUUUUAAGAGGAGUAAAUUGACUAUAAUGACACUAUUAGGCCUUAUUUUUAAACUUUUGAUAUUUAAGCUUUUUAGCUUGGGGCAGGGUGAAGAAAUGUUCAGAAAGUAGAAAGCAAGAAUGCCCCUUGGAAAAAAAAAAGGCAAGGAGUCUUGCAACUAGCCUGAUGUUUAAGCUUUCUGCAAUAAACCAAAUCACUAAAUCAUAAGUUUCUUUCUGUUUCAGUUUCAAAGUUUCUUCUUGUCCCACUUUCUUUAGGGCAUUGGUCCCCAAACUUGCCUGAACACUGGGAUGACCUGGGCAGCUUCAAAAAAUACUAGUGCCUGAGUUCCACCCACAGAGAUUGUGAUUUAAGUGGUCUGAGGUGUGGCCUGUCUUUGAAAUUAUUUAAAAGACCCCCAGAUGGUUCACAUAACAAAAUAAUUUUGAGAGCCACUGGGCUUAGCUAAUGUUAUAUGUGUAAAUAUAGGCCUUCCCACAACUCAAACAUGUUCCACCCUGUAAGACAUGCAAGAGAACACAUCCACGUCAGCAUAUCCAAGCACUCUGUAUGGCCUCAGCCUACAGAACCCUUAACCCUUAUCAUCUAUUGAACAAUCCCUAACAUCAAAAUUUGUACGUAACUAAGGAAAGAAAAAUACAGAGGAAUUAUUUGUUUUGUUUCAUUAUGGAGAUAGACGGUUUUCAGCAGUUAGACCUAGAGAAGAGUGUACCUUCCAAAAAGACUACUCCUAGAAGGAUUAUCCAUUUUGUUGAUGGAGACAUCAUGGAAGAAUCUAGCACAGAGGAAGAGGAGGAAGAGGAAAAAGAGAAACAAGAGGAACAGAGCAGAAAUUCAACACUUGACCCUUCUAAACUUUCCUGGGGGCCCUACCUACGAUUUUGGGCAGGACGAAUAGCAAGCACCUCAUUUUCUACAUGUGAAUUCCUUGGUGGAAGUUUUGCUGUCUUCUUCGGUCUUACUCAACCCAAAUAUCAGUAUGUGUUAAAUGAGUACUACAGGAUACAAAACAAGAAAAGUGACAACAAAAGUGAAGGGAAUGGAUCAAAGGCCCAGGCAGCUGAGGUUCCUAAUGAAAAGUGUCAUUUGGAGGCUGGGGACCGAGAGUAUGGAACCAUACAACAGGAUACAGCAGAAGCCAUUCCUCAGUGAAGCACGUCAUCCAGGGAAGGUCUGGUGGCAGAGCCCAGCUCAUGAUGGCAGCAAAGACUAUAGUUUCCCUGGAUCUCUGUUCCUUGGCCAUUGGUUACCAUAACAACAGCACCACAGGUAGCACUUCUGAACCAGAUCUGAUCCUAAUCUCUGUGUGACUUAGUCUCAAGCAUCCAGGAAUUACAAGCAAUAAUGAGUGCAAUUUUGCACACUUUCUCAGUAUAAUUUUUAUGUGCAAGCCAACCCAUCUCAACUCCACCCCAGUGAUACAAGUCUCAUGAGUACUGACAUUUGCACUGUAGCAUAAAUGCCUUAAAGGAACGGUGGGACUGGGAGUUUUGGGCUGAAAUUCUGUCAUGGGACUAGGGUACAGUAAAGGAGCUCUAUUCCUCAGAAGAAAAUUUGGGCACUGCAAAAUCUAAAUAAAUCCCCUUUCAGGGUUUGCAUAGGUGUGUACUUCCAAACAACCAUCCUGGCUUAGUUGGGGAUUGUUUUACAAUAAGUAAACAUUGCUAACAGCUCUGUUAUAAGAUCAUUAUCAAGGUCUUUAGGAAUUAGGUACAUCCCUCCAAAUUAAAAUAAUCGAUAAAUAAUCUAAGCUCUAGAAAAAAUAUUUUAAUGGAUUGUUUUCUUAUUCAUUUGUCAAUCAAUUUUCAAAACCUGAAAAGAUCGAACAUGGAAAUCAUUGUUAGAUAACACAGCGUGUGUUGGCCACAGUAACUGUGAUGCAUUAAUGGUAAAAAA